AUGGCUCGAACGACCCAAAUAAAGCGCAAGCAUAUAAAAAUUGCUCGCUUUUGCCGGCAAUACCUCCAGCUGGAGCCUAUCGUGGACUUCCCCGACGGCGAAUACCUGUGCGAUGCAUCCGUGCAAGAGACACUGUACGAGCAGCUGUUCAGUGAGGACCUCAAGAACCCGGCGCCUGUGCGGUACCAGCUGAGAAUCCUGAAGGAGCUGGUAAAGCGGAUUGAGGGAAGUAUUGAGGAUUGGGAAUUAUAUGGCCUCUCGGACAAUCUCUACACAAGAUUAUCCCAUCUGCUCUCGCUGCAGUUACCCUCCGAGGCCGAUGCCGCGCAGCAAAAGUGCUACGUCACUUACCACCUGUCUCUUCUUGGUGCCGGUACUGGUCAUGCCGAAGAAGAUGGCGAUCCGGAGUCAGAGUCGGCCCGUGAUGUGCCGGUCCUAGGAGACAAAGCCCCCCACAUCACCCUCCUAGAAUCCCGCAACCUCAUCGCCGCCUCCGGCACCACCGGCCUUCGCACAUGGGAAGCUUCCCUCCACCUAGGCCAAUACCUUCUCAGGCACCCUUCUCUCGUCCGCGGCAAGCGUGUUUUGGAGCUAGGCGCAGGAACAGGCUACGUCUCCAUCCUUUGCGCCAAGUAUCUCGGCUCCAAACACGUCAUCACCACCGACGGUUCCGACGAGGUCGUAGCCAACCUGCCCGAUAGCUUGUUCCUCAACGGACUACAAGGCUCUGAUGCCGUCCAGCCCAUGGAGCUAUGGUGGGGUCACGCGCUUGUCGGCACCGAAGAGGAGAAAUGGAACGGAGGACGGGAAGUGGACGUGGUGCUGGGCGCGGAUAUCACGUAUGAUAAGAGCGUCAUUCCGGCGCUGGUGGGCACGAUUGACGAAGUGUUUGGGUUGUUUCCCAGGGCGGAGGUGGUGAUUGCCGCGACGGAGAGGAAUCGGGAGACUUAUGAGAGCUUCCUGAGUGUUUGUGAGGGCAGGGGGUUGGAGGUUGUUCAUGCGGAGUUUCCGGUGCCGAAGAGGGAGGAGCAGACUGGGCCUUUCUAUAAUGAUUUGAUGCCGAUACACAUUUGUCAGUUGAGGCGGAAGUAA